AAAACAACUCAUCACAUAUUCUCAACGCCCACAUCAGCAUGCUCACCGGAAUAUUCCUAUAGGACACAGCAGGCCAUAGUACGAGCCCCAUCGCAAUCAUGGAUGCAGGGACUAUGGACGGGAUCUUGUCCGAAGAUCCAUACCUCGAGUAUCAACCAGUCCUGGCUUACACAUUGCCAAUACAGCUCGUUGUCAAUGGGAUCACAGGGACUCUACUCUGUGUUUUGUUGAUACAUCUACUAUUUACAACUCAAUACCACUACCCUCUCGCACCUCUCAAUUACUUUCUCCAGCUAUCCUCCAUUGUCACCGUCUUGAUCAGCGUAAUCAUCAAACUCGUCAUCAUUCUUGUCCACUGUACAUCUCAAGCGGAUAUGUGGCCUUACUCUCUUGAUUAUGUCGCGGUAAACGUGCCGCCAGAAACAUGGUCAAAUGGACAGAAUGCGGCAUGGUGUCUAUUGCAGGCAUUGAAUGCGGGACUGAGCAAUAUAACUCAUAUCCAAUUCCUGACUCUUCUGUAUCCUUCACGAACAGAAGCUCGUCUGAUCAUCUUUGUACUCGGUCCUCUAGCUCUCGUCUCAUCCGCCUUAACAUUUGCCGCCCUCACCAACUCUCAGACAGUAUUAGACAUUUCUGACGCCAUACGCAACGUAUUUAACUCUACACUCCUCCUCAUUUUUACCAUCUCUCUCGCCAUCUGGGGUUUCUUUGUCAAUCGCCGUCGAGCAUGGAGGUUCGAUGGAGGUACGGCUGCCUUUGGUGUCGGUUCUCUCUUCCUGGCAACUAUAUCAACGACAUUCAACUUUGUGGCAGUGGCAGAGGAUGGCAUAGAAUGGCUACAACAUCUACUUUUCGCCGCUAUCCUCUGGCAAAUCUGGUUAGGAUGGUGGUGGUGGGUAGGCAGUGGUAUGGGUAUCGGGGAAGUAGAAGAUAUCAUGGCAAAAGCAGAAAAGAAGAAGCGUAAACAAGCGAAAGCCGCCGCGCGUGCUCGAGCCGCUGCUGCACGAGAACGGGAUGCGUUGGGAGGUUUAGAUGCGAGGAAACGCACAAAUUCGUUUGCAGGUCUAGCAGAUGGAUUUACUUCGGGCGUUACUUCUAUCCUCAGGACAUCUCGCGGUGCUGGAACGUUAACGAGAAGGCAGACGAGAAGGUCUAUGGCGGAUGAAGGGCUUGCAGAAGAAGGAGCUAUGGAGCUAGAUGAUCUUGGAGAAGGAGGAAGACGCCGACAUGAUGGAAGAACUUCCCCCAUCCCGCCUGUCCCGCCAUUACCUGGCGCAAAUAACAGCAACGGCUCGAAUAGCAAUAACGGAAGCAGCAACUCUCCCGACCCUCACGUCGAAUUCUCACAACCCGAAGCUGGCGACCCGGCAUCAUCCUCCUCUGGCGGAGGUGCGCGAAACAUGCAGUCAACCAACUCUGAAACAUCUUCCACCUCUGCAACACCUUCCUUGCACCCGCCGCAAACAGUUGGUCAAUUAUUCUCCUACCCUACCACCUGGCUUGUGGUGUAUCUUCGCCGAUUACGAAGAGCGCACCAGGAAGCAGCAAAGAAAGCUGCUCUCGAGCGUGCCGAGAGGAGAGAGAGGGUGUUCGCUGAAGGCCAUCAUCAUAGGUCAGGUGAGAGGGAUAGGGGAGAGGCAAGUUCAAGAGAAAGAGCAGCGAGGAUGGGGGCGGCGAUAGCUGGUGGAGAUGAUGUGGGCUGGGGAUUAGGAAAAUUUGGGAUAAGAGAGCAUGAGGAGAGUGCGAGGAGACUGAAAAGGGCAGGUGAGAUGUUGAAUGAAGAUAGGUUGUUGGGUUCAUCAUCUCAAGUUGGAAGAGAUAGAAACAGAAGAGAACAGUCUGGGAGAGAAGGUGGGGGGGAGACGGAUGGGGAGUGGGAGGAUAUAGUAACUAAUUCGAGUUCGAACGAAGGUAAACGGCGAAAGGGGAAAAAAGGGAAAGGGAAAGCAGGCAACGAAGACGGGGAUCAUGAAGGAGGAGGGGAAGCCUUACGCGGACAAGGUUCUGGAUGGUCAUGGUGGGGACCGCUCAAGGAUUGGAGGCUCAACGACCGCCAGGUGUACUAAUGUAAUCGUCUUUUGGCAUUUACUUUGUAUGUAUGUGUAUAGG